AUGCCCGGGGGAGGCGAGGAUAUCGCUGAUCAAAUAUUGAAAACGUUCAACUUGCCGGACAUGGUCGGUUCGAUGACUAGUUCUAACAAGCUGAUCAAUCUUCUGAGAGGGCACGUUACCUACCCACCCUGGCUUCACCCCCCACGUCAACUGCGAGCACUGCUGCCACCCCUAUGGCCCAAUGUCUCCUUGCUUCCCACGCAAUUGAUGGCCAAGGCCACUCACAAUGCCCUCCAGAACCCAUCUGUUGCGCUCCCAGCCAUGUGCUAUGGACCAGAUGCAGGAGAUCCGCGACUGCGUAGGAACGUCGCCUCCUGGCUUACCAAGUUUUAUCAGCCGGCCGAGCCUGUAAAUAUGGACCGAAUUUGCAUCACUGGUGGUGCUUCCCAGAAUCUAGCCUGUUUGCUCCAGUCCUUCACCGACCCCGUAUAUACUAGGAAUGUCUGGAUCGUGGCCCCGGCAUACAUGCUAUCGUUCCGCAUCUUUGAAGAUGCAGGCUUCCACAAGAAGCUGAGAGCUGUCCCUGAAGAUGAAGAAGGCAUAGAUAUAGACUUUCUGAGAAGAGAGAUUCGGAAAAGUGAGGAGAAAGCCAAUGCUGAAGGUAAUGACAAGCCGCAUUUGAAGCCUCCAAGGCCAUCAGACAAAUCUUACAAACAUGUCAUAUACGCUGUGCCUACUUUCUCGAACCCAAGCUUCAAGACCAUGAGCUUGAGGCGCAGGGAAGAACUAGUACGCUUGGCUAGAGAGUACGAUGCUCUAGUCAUCACCGACGACGUCUAUGAUUUCCUACAAUGGCCGUCAGGUCUCACAUCUAAAACAUCUUCCCUGGAGAAGGCUGCAUUGCCUCGGCUUGUAGACCUAGAUAGAUUCCUAGACGGCGGGGCUGAGAGGGAUGGCGCGGACGGCUUUGGAAAUGCGGUGUCAAACGGCAGUUUCUCCAAGAUCUGCGGGCCUGGCUUGCGAACUGGCUGGUGCGAAGGUUCGCCUAAGCUGUCUUAUGGAGUCUCACAGACAGGUAGCAGUCGAUCUGGCGGUUCACCAAGCCAGCUGACAGCUUGCUUUGUGGCUGAGAUAUUGGAGUCCGAAGAGCUGCAACGUUACGUGUACGACACACUCCAGCCGGCUUACGGCAGUCGCUAUCGCCGGAUGGUCGAAGCCAUCAACACUCAUUUGAUCCCACUCGGUGUCCGUAUACCGCAGACAGAUCGUGAAGUAGUCGGAGGAUACUUUAUUUGGAUGACUCUGCCCUUGCCGUUGAAUGGCUCCGUGCUUGCACAACGUGCUAAAGAGGAGGAAAACGUCGUAGUAGCGCAGGGUGAGAUCUUUCAAGUCCCCCGCGACACCGAGUAUCCAGGCACGGCUUUCGGCAACGAGGUUAGAGUUUGCUUCGCGUGGGAAGACGAGGACAUGUUGGCUGAAGGUAUCGAACGUCUCGCGCGGGUCAUUGGCCGCAUGUUAGAUGAGGAGGAUACAACUAGCGACGAUAAUGCCGCACUUACACCUACGACGGACGCAGAGCCGAAGAGCUUUUGGUAA